AGGUCCGGCUGGUAGCGGAAGUGGCCCUCCGAGGUUUUUUUGACGCUUGUAUCAGGAGCAUCUUCACGAUUUGAUUCAGAGAGGACUCAGGUGAUUUUUGGUUCUUUGUGUCUCUGGGGAACCCCUGAGCCAGAUCUUCCUUCAGACUCCAGCUCACCUCUCCCCCUCAGCUUUGUUUGAGUUCGUAGAUGUCCACCAAACUUUAGGCUCCUGAGAGAAUAAAGGUUGAGACCCAGCAUGACCAUGCCAGCUAUUUGGACCUUUUCCCAGAAAUGCCUGGGCCUGGCUUCAGAGGAACACGGAAGCUCACGUGAGGGAUCAGUAUCCUUCAGGGAUGUGGCUGUAGAUUUCAGCAGAGAAGAGUGGCAGCAACUAGACCUUGAUCAGAAAAACUUGUACCGGGAUGUGAUGCUGGAGACCUAUAGCCACCUGCUCUCAGUAGGGUAUCAAGUUCCUGAUCCAGAGGUUCUCGUGUUGGAACAAGGAAAGGAUCCAUGGGCACUGCAGGGUGAGAGCCCACAUCAGAGCUGUCUAGAAGAAUUGUGGCAGAUCGGUGACCAGAUAGAGAGCUAUCAGCAAAAAGAAAACAAAUAUUUAAGAGAUGUUGCUUUCAUCAAAAAAAUAUUGACUAUCAAGAGGGAUUAUGACUGUAAGGACAUUAAAAAAAUAAUUCAAGUGAGCCAGAACAUUCCUUCUCCAAAGAAACCCCAUCAUUGUGACUUAUUUGGAAAUGCUUUGAAGCAUAAUUUAGAUUUACACAGUCAUAACAGGAACAGUGGAUCAAAGAACAUUAAUAAGAUUACUGAAUAUGGUAAAAUUUCUUCCUAUACUGAACAUGAGUAUACUCCAACAAGAGAGAAAUUUUGGGACCAUAAUCAAUGUGGAGAAACCCUCAGCUAUAAACAAGCACCCUCUCAACAUCAGAAGAUUUAUACUGGGGAGAAAUCUUAUGAGUGUGCUGAAUUUGGAAAUAUCUUCACCCAGAAGUCACAACUCAAGGUACAUUUGAAGGUUCAUACAGGAGAAAAACUCUAUGUAUGUAUUGACUGUGGGAAGGCAUUUUUACAGAAACCGGAAUUCAUUACGCAUCAGAGAACCCAUACUAGAGAGAAGCCCUAUAAAUGCAGUGAAUGUGGGAAAGCCUUUUUCCAAGUAUCUUCUCUUUUCCGGCAUCAGAGAAUUCAUACCGGAGAAAAACUUUAUGAAUGCAGUGAAUGUGGGAAAGGCUUCUCUUAUAACUCAGAUCUUAGUAUACAUCAGAAAAUUCAUACUGGAGAGAGACACCAUGAAUGCAGUGAUUGUGGCAAAGCAUUCACGCAAAAGUCCACACUCAAGAUGCAUCAGAAAAUUCACACAGGUGAAAGAUCCUACAUAUGUAUUGACUGUGGACAGGCCUUCAUCCAGAAGACGCACUUGAUUGCACACCGAAGAAUUCAUACUGGAGAAAAACCAUAUGAAUGCAGUAACUGUGGGAAGUCUUUCAUUUCCAAGUCACAACUGCAGGUCCAUCAACGAACUCACACAAGAAUGAAAGCCUUUCUAGAUAAUGAAUAUGGGACAGUUUUCACCAAUAAUUCCAAUCUCAAUACACAUAGGAAAGUUCAAAUUAGGGAGAAAUCUUCUAUAUGUACUGAAUGUGGUAAAGCCUUUACCUACAGAUCAGAGUUGAUUAUACAUCAGAGAAUUCACACUGGAGAAAAACCUUAUGAAUGCAGUGAUUGUGGAAAAGCCUUCACUCAGAAGUCAGCACUCACAGUGCAUCAGAGAAUUCAUACAGGAGAAAAAUCAUAUGUAUGCAUGAAAUGUGGUUUAGCCUUCAUCCAGAAGGCACACUUGAUUGCCCAUCAAAUAAUUCAUACAGGAGAGAAACCUUAUAACUGUGGUCACUGUGGGAAAUCCUUUACUUCUAAGUCACAACUCCAUGUGCAUAAACGAAUUCACACGGGAGAGAAACCCUAUAUGUGCACUAAAUGUGGGAAAGCAUUCACCAACAGGUCAAAUCUCAUUACACAUCAGAAGACUCAUACAGGAGAAAAAUCCUACAUGUGUCCUAAAUGUGGCAAGGCCUUCACACAAAGGUCAGACUUGAUUACACAUCAGAGAAUUCAUACAGGGGAGAAACCUUAUGAAUGCAGUACCUGCGGAAAAGCCUUCACCCAGAAGUCACACCUCAACAUACACCAGAAAAUUCACACUGGAGAGAGACAGUAUGAAUGUCAUGAAUGUGGGAAAGCCUUCAACCAGAAAUCAAUACUCAUUGUGCAUCAGAAAAUUCAUACGGGAGAAAAACCUUAUGUAUGCACUGAGUGUGGAAGAGCCUUCAUCAGAAAGUCAAACUUUAUUACUCAUCAGAGAAUUCAUACUGGGGAAAAACCUUAUAAAUGCAGUGAUUGUGGGAAAUCCUUCACCUCUAAAUCUCAGCUCCUUGUGCAUCAACCAAUUCACACAGGAGAAAAACCAUAUGUGUGUGCUGUGUGUGGUAAAGCCUUUAGUGGCAGGUCAAAUCUCAGUAAACACCAGAAAACUCAUACUGGAGAAAAGCCCUACAUCUGUUCUGAAUGUGGGAAGACCUUCAGACAAAAGUCAGAGCUGAUUAUACAUCAUAGGAUUCAUACUGGAGAGAAACCUUAUGAAUGCAGUGACUGUGGCAAAUCUUUCACUAAGAAAUCACAGCUCCAAGUGCAUCAAAGAAUUCACACAGGAGAGAAGCCUUAUGUAUGUGCUGAGUGUGGAAAGGCCUUCACUGACAGAUCAAAUUUGAAUAAACACCAGACAACACACACUGGAGACAAACCCUAUAAGUGUGUAGUCUGUGGGAAAGGCUUCGUUCAGAAAUCAGUGCUCAGUGUGCAUCAGAGUAUUCACAUUUGAGAGAACAGUAUGAGAAAACCUUAGUAAGAUCAGAUCUGAUUUUACAUUUGUUGAAUCCAUGCAGCAGAAAAAUAUAUAAUAUAUUAAGUAGAAAUGCUGCAUCAGAAUGUCACACGUAUACAGAAGAGGACCCCCAUAAGGGCCAAACAAGGGGAUCCCUUCUCAUAUUGUCACCAGUCUUAGUAAACCUUGGGGCACACAUACUGAGAAGAAACUUUGCCAAUGUGAUACAUUAAAAGAAACCACCUCAUGAAAAAUAUAAUGGAACACUGUCACCAAAUUCUGUGUAGAAAAUAUUACAUGAAGUCAUGUUAAUGAUAAUUCUGUUUACUAUGGGAUAGGUAAAGUGCCAACAAGUUGAAUGGUAGAAGAGUGUAAUGUAAACAAUGAUGAU